AUGGAUCUCCUGAGGGUGGCGCCACCGUUUCUGCCCGGGGCGGUUAGUGUGAAGGAAAAUUGCAAUCUCAAGGACGCUCCUCCACCUGACGGGAGCAGCCUCAUCGACAUGGAGCACGUCGAGGCUGGCGGUGUCAGUGACACGAGGUGUCACGGCCGUUCGAUAAUACGAGAGGGAGACAAAGACUUUGUGUCCGCGCGUCGGGGACGGACGACGCGUGCUUUUCGUUAA